AUGUGUUGUGUAUAUUGCUCUAGAGGUAUGGAUUGGCGAGCUCGUAGUAAGAUCAAAGACAAAUUUAUUUGGAAGUGCGAAAACAAACAAAGUCUUAAGUUUAAAACUAUACUUUUAAUCAGAAACGAUUCGUUUUCUGAAAAAAACACGAAUUGA